UAGGUAUUGACGUACAUAGUAUUGAUACAUAGUAAAUGCAUGCAAGCGCCAAAACACUAAGUUAAAACUUGCUAUGUGAAAAGGCACGAAAAGUCUUCAAUCCUCUGUGAAUGGCAGCCAGUGUUGUUAGCGCUAAUCAGAAAGCUAGCUUAACGGUAGCGCGCUCCGUAGCAUAGUACUUUAAAAUUAGCGCUAGCUACGUGCAGAGACAAUAAACUAAAGCAGGGACGUUUUCUGGAAGGUUGUUGUGAGCGCCUGUUGAGACCACCGAUAAUACCAGGAUGGACUCGGAGAUUUUAAACAUAGAGGAGAUAGUGAUGGGACGGGGAUUGCCAGAUCCACCUCCGGAAGUUCCCCCUGAAAAGCCAGCUGAGCCAUACAAACCCAUCACUUUGAAUGGACCUCCUGCACCCCCUGUUCAACCCUACCAGCAUGAAAAUCUGCAGUGUUUCCAGUGCUUCAUUACGUUCUGCAGUGCCAAAGCCAAGGAAAGGCAUAUGAAGAAGAGCCACCGGGAAGAAUAUAAGCAACAGCUUCAGCAGGGAAACACACUGUUCACAUGCUAUGUGUGUGAUCGCACAUUUCUGUCAUCUGAGGAGCUAACACAGCACCAGCCAACACACAGCAAGGAUGACAAGCCCUUUAAAUGCGUUCACUGCAAAGAGAGCUUCAAAACGUUCUCUGAACUGACAGCCCAUAGAAGACAGUUGUGUCCAGAAAAACAGUUGGUAUGUAAAGAUUGCAAUGAAACCUUCCGGAGUGCUGGACUGCUGCGUACUCAUCGCCUGACCCAACAUCCCCGCCCAGACGUAGAGCCCGUAGAACAGCCAGAGGACCCUGCGAAAACCCAUCGCUGCAAGAAGUGUGGUCAGGGCUUUGAAACAGAAUCAGAGCUGGUAGCACACCAGGAGAAGUACCCUGAAGGUCAGCAGUGCAAUGGAAGUGCUACAUCCGUCAAGAAACGUGGAAGGCCCGCCAAAACUGAAGAGUUGGCAGCUGCCGAGAAAAAGGGAAAGCGGAAAAAAAAGGAUGAUGCAGAAGUGCCUGAAGAGGCAGUGAAGACCACCAUCACAUCAGAAUCUGUGACAGCACCUCCAGCAGAGGAAAAAGGAAAAAUAGGUGGAGCAAAGCGUGGCCGUCCUUCUAAAGCGGCAUCAAAAUCAGAAACAGAAGAUAAGAAGAGUCCUGAGGAUGACAGUCAAGCUCCAGGAAAGGAGAAGAAACCUAAAACAGAUCCAGCCACAUCCCGUCAGCACCCUUGUCCUGAGUGUAACCUCACAUUCCCCAGCCUGAUUCAGCUCCGUGCUCACAAGAAGGAGAAACACACUCCACGGAAAGCCCAUCCCUGCGAGGAAUGUGAAGAGAGUUUUGCUCGUCCGGAGCAGCUGGACGCCCACAUGUCCCGGGCUCAUGCAGUUGGCCGCUUUGCCUGUGCAGUCUGUGGGAAGAGUUUUGGCCGUGAGCGCACCUUGAAAGCUCAUGAGAAAAGCCACCCAGAGGAAAAGCCUGAAAAGCCAAGCGCAAAGAGAUAAUUUAGACAUGGGGACUUUGCCGAAAGUGUAUGGCUUUUGAAAAUUUUAGUCAGGAAUUGCCCUUUGUUUUUCUUUUAACAUUGGAGAUCAUGGUUUCAGAUGAGUUUGGAAUGGUUUUGAAAAUGACAUUUUAGCAAUUUUUGGAUAUUAAGUUUAGUUUUGAUUAUUAUUAAAAUUUUUGACCGGAACAUCUCCUAAAGGACUAACCAAAUGUUGUUAAAUCCAUCUAUUACAUCCUGUGUCACAAAAUAUAGUUUAUUUGUAAAAACUGUUUUGAUUAACUUUUUAAAUGAUUUGUUUCAGUUUUUUUUAAGCUUGAAAUGCGUGUGGUGUGAAUUUAUUACUUGGUGUCUUGAGUUGUUCAACUCACUUUGUGGUUUAAAAACAAAUGUUUUUGUAAUGUUUUUUUUUUUCCUUCUUUUUUUUCCAAAGCAGAUUGGGUAAAUACAUACUUUGAUGCAUAUUAGAUGCCUAGUAGAGAUACUAUGUAUGGAUGUUUAGACAGUUUGUCAAACGAAAUGUGUAAUGUACAGCUUCUGGUUCAUAUUUUUGCAUUUUUUACACCUAAUAUUUUAAUUAUGUUCCUUUCUAAAUUAAGUCUCAUUGAAGAAAAUUUUAAAAUGACGUGAUGAAGUUCUGCGAAAAAUGUAUUUUGGCUAAGUGCUCCAGAUUCAAUGUGGAGUGUUUUGCAGGUAGGCAGAAAUGAUCCACAAUCCUGAUUUGUCCUUUCACUUAUUAGAAUAAUAUUUCACGUCUUAGAUAUUUCUCAAAUGGAACUCAUGGCUCUUUAAUGCAUUAGAGUCCCAUAAAGAACUAUGUAUAUAAUGCGUUAGUCACUGAUUGGAUUGUUUUUCCCCCCACUGCAAUGUGUCUGGACACUGCAAAAAUGUAAUAAAACAUGCUAUCCCAAAGGAGGAUGCUGAAGAAACAACUUUAGCCUUUUUGUCUUUGUUCUUAAAUAUAAUGCAGAAACAUCAAAAA